AUGUCCAUGCACUUUGCCCCCCAAUGGGUCAAGCCCAUCAAACCCACUGGACCCGCGACGCCUCAAAACGGUGACGUGCCGCCUCCGUCCGCUCGGCAGGCCCAGACCGCCACCUCGCACCCCUUCCCGGCACUCAAUCCCGGCCGCUCCUCCUCCCACUCCACCGCCACAGGUCCCUCAAACCCCGCGUUCUCCUACUCUAAGAUCACGCACUCGCACUCGCAGUCUCCCCAGUCUCCCAACUUCUCCAGCGAGAACGGGUUUCAGUCGUACGGGGAGAAUGGCAACGCCCAUCCGUUCCGGUACACUACGGAGCAGAUUUUGGCGCUCUGGAAUCCGGACCGGGUCAAGGAGGUCCCGAUUGAGCUGGCGGAGUUGAUGGAGCAUGGGAGUGUGCUGGUCAGCAAGGAGGCGGUCAAGCCGAUCGGGCUGCGGGAUCUCAGCGAGGUGGAAAAGAAGCUCCUAUCGACUUCGGUCCAUCCGACCAACCCAGUCCGCCAGCGUAUGGGAAAUAACGAUCGGCAGGACCGCGCCGACCGAGGGGAUAGGGACUUGGCGAAUGGUCAUAUCCGCCGGCCGAUCCCACCGCCUACCGUUGGAAAGGACAAUGCGGCGCCGGGUGGUGGACGAGGUGUCUUUGGCGGGUUUGGGAGAGGUGAGGGAGGGGCGUUCGGAGGUGGAAAGAUCGGGACGAUUGGGGGUCCACCUUCUGCUGGAUUAGAGACGAGGGGUCCGGGGACGAUGGGAGGUGGUUUCGGCGGUGUGGGGAAGCGUCUGAACAGGCGGACCGAUGGUAGCGAUAUGGCUGCGGAUGCUGUCAAUGGACCUGGCCGGAUCGGUGCACCUUGGCGUGCGAGCCGGACCGCUUCAGGAACAUUCGAGGGCGUUCUUGGUUUCGGCCAACCGGCAGCGGCCCUGAACAGCUCAACUUCCGAGGUGCCUCCGCCGGCGCAGACUGCGGGAUGGCGAGAGCGGCAGGAGAAGGAGCGGGUGGAGAAGGAGAGGCAAGAGCGGGAGAAGGUGGAGGAUGCGCCGGCGCCGACGUUUGGGAAGGGAGGUGGACCAGGGUGGGGACAAGGUCAGAAGAAAUGGCGUCUCGCCGCUGGGAUCGACCAGGACAAGACCCUCGAGAUGCCUGUAGACGUGCCAGCCUCGGAAUCAGUCAUGCCUAUGGCCCCCGCUACGCCCAUGUCGGAGCGCGAUGCGACAGUCCGCGAUGUCUCGGUAUCUCAAUCUGCUACUCCGACGCCCGCUCAGCAGGAGGAGAAGGAAGACUUCAAUUCGGUCUUGUGGUACUACCGUGAUCCUAACGGAGACGAGCAGGGAACCUUCACUGGGACCCAAAUGCACGACUGGUACGCCCACACCUACUUCGCCGAUGACCUUCCCAUCCGCCGAGCGCGCGAGACCGAGUACUACACACUCGCCGAGCUCAAACUCGCCACCGGAAAUGGGGUCCAGCCUUUCCUGUCCCCCAAUCGCCCUCGUGCCCCUCCAAAUCUCCCCAUCCCCACGUCUGCCAUGGCGCUCCACUCGCCCGGUAUCAACGGCCAUCCUACCGACCCCUUCCGAAACCUCUCCAUCCACCCCGCCGCGCAGCCAGCAUACAACCAAUACCUUCCCCCAAGCGCGCCCUUCUCACCCGCCGCCUUCGGUCAAUUCGGACAGCAGAUCCAGUCCCCUGGUUUUGGCGGUCCCGCUGCUGCAGCUCCAUGGGGCGGUAUCCCGCAGCGCGGCGACAACUAUGCCAUCCGCUCUCCUUUCGGCGGCGAUCAGUUUGGUGCUCCUCAGCCUUACUCGCCGGCGCCGGGCGCCCCGGUCUUCCCUCAGCACCAGGUACCUUAUGGCGUUCCCCCGCCGAUCGCCAGCCCGUGGGGCGUACCGGGCGGGAUGCCGAUGCAGCAUCCUGCAGCUGGGCAGAUGCCGAUGUACAGCCAAGCCCCGGGUCAGCCCAUCCAGCCACCAGCGCCGCCCAUGCAGGAGCAGUACACUCCUCAGCCCGUCCAGCAGCAGCCACAGCCGCAGCAACAGCAACAGCAACAGCAGCAGCAGGAACCGGAACCCGCUCAGGAGCAACCGGUGGAUGAGCCGAGCUACUUCCCGCAAGUCGAAGCUCAGGCUGAGCCAACGCCGGAGGUUCCCGUCGAGGCGACGCAGCCCGAGCCUGAGCUGCCGCAGCCUUCUCCCGUGGUCGACAUUGAGGCCGUCGCGGACAAGGUAGCCACCCCUGCACCUGCUUCCGUCUGGGGAUCCGUCACUCCCGCUCGGAAAGAGUCGAUCGCUUCGCCAACUCCCACCCCCUCGGUCCCUGCCCCAACCGCCGCGGCCAAGCAGCUUCCUCCCGCCCCCUCGUCCCUCCCCGCCAAGCCCAAAGCUAUCGCCAUCCCUGCGCAAGUCGCUAUCGAGGUACCUUCCAAAGCAACUCCCUCUACACCUACCGGCGCCCGUGCUCAGACACCCACCAAGCCGGCUCCGGCACCCUGGGCCGCCAAGGAGGACAAGCCGUCCACGCCCAGCGGACCCAGCCUUCGCGACAUCCAAGAGGCGGAAGCUAAGGUCGCCGACUUGCGCCGCGUGGCCCUCACCGAGGCUCGCGCGUCAUCCAACACUCCCACUCCAUCUACCGCCACCUCGGCCGAGCCCGACGUGCCCGCCAACAUGUCCUGGGGUCUUCCGUCCUCCGGCUCGGGCAAGCCCGCUAGCGGCACUCCCGGACCCGCCUCACCCGCUGUCGCUCCCGCCCCCGCAUGGGGCUCGGGCGAUGCCGGACCCAAAAAGACCUUGAAGCAGAUUCAGGAAGAGGAGGAACGGCGUAAAAAGGCCGUCCAGGCCGCUGCGGCCGCCAAGAUCCUCGCGGCGGGCGGAGGGGCCGUUUCUUCCAAGCGCGGUUAUGCCGACCUCGCUGCCAACGCGCCAGCCCCUCCAGCGGGUUGGUCGACCGUCGGACUCGGCGGGAAGGUCAUCCCCGGUGCGGCCCCCAAAUCUGGUGUUUCCGCAUCCGUCAGCACGCCUGUCAAAACUCUGCCUACCGCUCUGUCUACGACUACCACCCCUUCCAAGGCCGUUCCCACGCCGACCAAGAAGGCGGCCGGCUCAGACGACCUCCUCCCUCCCUCUGGAGACUUCCUUAAAUGGGCCAAAGGCGCGCUCGUCGGUCUCGAUAUCCCCGUCGACGGUUUCAUCCAGAUGCUCCUGACGUUCGCGGUCGAGCCCGCCGGUUCGGCCAAGCAGGAGCAAUUGGAGAUCAUCUCGGACUCGGUAUAUGCCAACAGCUCGACGCUGGACGGACGCCGGUUCGCCCAGGAGUUUUGUGAGCGUCGGAGGGCAGAUGCGAGGCGGGGAAAGACGGGCAAUGUGGGUGGUGCGAGCGGCGGAGGAGGUGGUGGUGGUGGUGGCGGAGGAGGGGUGUUCAGUAUGGCCGACGCGGUCAGGAGCGCGCCUGCCAAGAAGGAGGAUGUCGGGUUCAAGAUUGUCAAGGCCAAGGGGAAGAAGAAGAACUAG